GGAAAGUCCGGCUGUGGCGGCUUCUGCCUUCUUGGUGGUUCAGCGUGGGGUGUAUAGACACCGGAAGCAGAGUGACCCUUGUGAAGUUCCUCACUUGUGGCUUUCCUGCAGCAGCAACAGCAAAAACAGCAGCAACAGCAAAAGCAGCAGCAGCAGCACGCUCAUUUGGAGCAGCAGCAGCAGACGCAGCGGGCGCGGACAGCUGUGCAGCAGCAGCAGCCGCCGCUGCAAGUGCAGCUGCUGCUGCAGCAGCAAGGGAACGGGAGGAAGCAGAAACAGCAGCAGCAGCGGAAGAGCUGCUGCUGGUUUGCUGCGACAGAGACCUUCGGGUUUACUCGCUGCAGCAAAUACUCACAAGUGCAGCAGCAAAUCCGGGGGGCCUCCUUUCCGUGGCGCCGCUGCAGGCGUACCCAUGGGGCCCCGUCUUCUUCCCGCAUGCAAUAGACAUUGCUGAGGUGCGGCUUUGUGCUGCUGCUGCUGCUGCUGUUACUGCUGCAGCUUCUGCUGCUGUUACUGCUGCUGCUACUGCUGCUGGGGCAGCGCUCAGAGCUGCCAUUUUGGGCGCCGGCGGCUCUGCUGGUUUUCUGCAGCUGUCGCCCUUGUUGCUGUUCCUGCUGCAGCUCUCGCUGCUGCUGUUGCUGCUGCAGGAACAGCAGCAACAAGAGCAGCAGCAUUCUUGGGGCUGCUUCCUUGUGUAUCUGUUGCUUGCGGCGCCUUCUUGUCUCUUUCCGGAUUUGGUUGUUUCCUGCUAG